AUGAACAAACUAAUUGACCAGCCAACUGCAAAGCGCAAAAGACUUAGUUAUGCCUGUAACUACUGUCGUGAGAAGAAGACGCGCUGUGACGAGGAACACCCAUGUCGGAACUGCCGCAUCGCCGAGGUGGAAUGCAUUACAACAGACAAACGACGCCAUGGCGCAAUAGUAAGGCAUCGCAGACGGGAAGACCAUGAUAACAUGCCUUCUAAUAAUGCGACGAAUGCAUAUACUCAAUGUCAAAGACGCACAAUAAUGUCACCACAGGAAGUGUGUACACCUCGAACACUAGAGUCACCUUCUUCCGCAGGUGUUCGAACCUCGGCUGAACAAAGACCACGAUUUUGGUCACAAUGCUGGGGACCAGAAGGUUGGAAGACGGGGCGUCUUCCGAUGAUGCCUCGCUUUGUGGGAUCUAGUAUGCUGGAGUUGAUGACUGAGUGGCUCGAUAUGGCCUUUUAUCGCUUGAAAGGCCCCAAGACUCAUGCGAUUUCUCCUGUUAUUGAUCAGGAAUUUGCAUCGGUCAUUUGCGUACAGCCGCCGAAUUUUCCACCCCGGGAAUUGCUGCAGCUUUGCAUUGAGAGCUACUGGAAUACCCUCCACGGGAUUUUCCCAUUUCUAAAUCGAAGUAUUGUCGACUCACUCAUCGAUGCGGACACAUACAACACACAGACACCUAAUCCAUGUCAUGUUGCUAACGCACCGAGAGAGGCUCUGAAAUAUCUUAUUGUGACAGCAGGUAUGCUCGCCAUGCCAGCUGACGGGUCAUCCCGAUCACUCAUUUCCUCGUACAUCAGCUACUGCAAUUCGCUUCUUGGUCAUAUUAUCUCGAGUCGCGGUUUGCAAUCAGUACAGGCCAUUCUUCUUUUCGCAAUGGUACUGCGUAGUUGUGACAAGGUUGCCUGGGCAUGGGACAUCCUUACAAUGGGGGUCUCCAUGGCGCAAUCGAUUGGCAUAAACCAAACAACCUCAGCCCAAGAUGACGCUUUAACCCAGGAUACUCCAGAAUUCCAGACCUGGUGGUGUAUGUACGUUUUUGAACGAAUUUUGGCUUUGGAGUUUGGUCGUCCGUCCGCCAUCUGGGAUCGUCACUUAUUUGGAACACUCUCGUCGCCAGUUCAAGUCGAUCAAGACCGUGGGGCGGGACUAGAAUUUCGAAAUGCCCUGAUAAGCUUGGCAAAUAUGUUACAUGAAAUGCAGGAGCGCUCUGUUAGAGCCUGGAGGCGGGAGGAAUGGAUGCCACAAUCGGUAGAGCAAGCCAUUGAGGACAAACUACAGACUGCAGGAGAGUUGCAAAUCUUGCUUUCGGAAUGGCAAGAUAGUCUGCCUUCUGCAUACAGACCUGGAUCAGCAUCCGCACUCAGCAGUGGACCGCAGUCUGCAUUCCUUUCAUAUUACUAUAAUAUCGGUGUGAUAUUAGUUACGCGAUCUACUAUCCUUGUACCUAAGGAUGAGCUUCAUGCCAUGAUCAACAAAUUCGCUGCUGGAAAGACAUGGCGCCAAGGUCUCCUAUCUGGACCAACAAUGGUCAUUGAAGCCGCUCGCCAAACGAUCAAGUUAUUUAUUGCACUCAUUGACUCAGGAACACCGAACUAUCUCAUGAGUAUAACCUCGCCUUUGGCAGCAGUCUAUGCUUUGGCAGUUCAUAUAUUUCAGGAGCGCAAUUCACUCCUUAUUCGGUCUGACUUCGAGCUUAUGAAAGUUGGCAUUCGAAUCACGAAGGAAUAUUAUGAUAGGCAUCAAACUGCAGGGAAUGUCGAUGAGAUUCUCCGCGAUUUGCAGGAAUACGCAUCUCGCUGCUUGGAAGCGCCAACGGCAAGCCAGCCCGAUCUCCUCCCUCUAGACACAGAUGGUCUCGCUUUGAGUGACAUACCGAUAGGAGAUACAGCCUCCGUUCUUGAGGCAGGGUUAACUUGGGGCCCGUCCGCUCUAGAUUGGGCUGGAUGGGAUUGGAAUGAUUUGAGCCACUUAUUUGCGCAUAGUGAAUAG